CCCCAAAACCCUGAAAAAACCCUGAACACGCCAACACAGCCGACCUCCCCGAAGAAUCGGAAGCCUCGAUCCACCGGAUCAGAGUCUGUCGCUGGAAAAGAAGAAAGCGAGGAUGGUUCUAGGGCUCAGACAAUUUUCGCACCGUACCGGCGACGCCGCCGGAGAACCGGUUCUCGACGCCAAUAAUGGCGAGGAGCUCAUACACGUUCAGCCCGGCGUCGCCAUUGCUCUCGGCAGUCGCGCUCCUGAAGCUCCCGGCACUCUCUACAUCUCCACUCAUCAAGUUAUAUGGUUGAGUGAUGUGGAGCGGAACAAGGGCUACGCUGUGGAUUUCUUGUCCAUCUCGCUUCACGCGGUUUCAAGAGACCCUGAAGCUUACCCUUCUCCUUGCAUUUAUGCUCAGAUUGAGACUGUAGCAGAAGAAGAGGGGUCUGACGGCUCAGAUUCAGAAUACGAUGAAACUUUAGACUUAUCAAAGGUUAAAGAGAUGAGGCUUGUUCCUUCAGACCCGACCCAAUUGGACACUUUGUUUGAGGUAUUCUGUGAGUGUGCUGAGCUGAAUCCUGAGCCCUCAGAAGAAGAAGGGGAAGGAGGAGGGCAUGAUUGGGUUUUCAGUGCUGACUCGAUGGAGCGUGAGGCUGGAGAAGGAGAAGAACCUGAUUGGCAUUCCAACCCAACAACCUCAAUUGGAUAUUCUAAUGGCGAGCAUGAGCUUGCUCAAAAUGUGCUUGAGCUUCAGAUUCACGAUCAACGUUUUGAGGAUGCCGAGGAGAUGGAACAUCAAGAGAGCAAUAGCGGACAUCACUGACAUCUGUCACAUAUUGGGCUCCAGAGUUAAUCAUUGUCCAGUGUAUGGUUAUUGUGGAUGCUUAUGUAGAUGUAACAUAGUAUUUUUUGUUAAUCGUAUUGCUGAUGGACAUCGUUAACCUUUUGCUUCUGUUUUGAGUACUUGGCUAGUCCAUGCAACUUGAGUGUUGUUAUCUUUUGGGUGAAAGCUAGUUGAUUGUUUUGAGAAUAGCGGAAGUCAUUGACAUUCAUCGCCUAUUGGGCUCCAUCA